CAGUCAGCUUUCGGAUCGCGAGCGGGUACGACGUGGACGGUUGGGAGUUUAGAGUAGAGACUUCGAGCACGUUUCCAAACGGUUUUGGCUUGCAGUGAUCAACAAUUUAGUGCAAACCUGGUAAAUCAUUGAGGGCAAGGUUUAGGAUAAGCACAUCGUGCUGAUUUAUUACAGAUACAACUGAAGCAAAUUCACCAUGGAAGAAGACGCCUUUAUCCUGGAGGAGUUCGACGAAACUCCACCUCCUGCUGUCACGGCAUCAACUGAGUUCAUAACCAGUACAACCAGCCUGCCCUCGACGACCCUCGUCACCAGCCUUCUAACCGAAGCUACAAAGUUCCUAACCUCCAGCGAAACUCCAGCAAUGCUAAGCAGUAGCAGCAUCAGUACUAGUCCUUCUACUACAGAACAUCCAACUACCACCACGACCACGUGGUCCUCCAGCAGCAGCAGCAGCUUCUUCAGCAAUCCUGCCAGUACAACCCCCUUCGUAGAACCUACUCUCGCGGACGGAGACCCAGCAAACCUGCUCUUCUCCACCGUCGACUACGUCAUCUUCGCCGCCCUGCUGCUACUGUCCGCCCUUAUCGGCGUCUACUUUGGAUUCGUGUCCAAGAUCAAGCAGAACAACACCAAGGAGUACCUGCUGGGCGGGAAAACGAUGAGCAAGUUCCCCGUGUCGGCGUCGCUGAUCGCCACGCACAUUUCUGGGAUCACCUUGCUGGGAGUACCCUCGGAGUUGUACGCCCAUGGGACCCAGUACUGGAUGAGCGUCGUAUCGGCCUUUGUGGUCACCAUCCUCAUGGAGCGCAUCUACCUGCCCGUGUUCUACGACCUCCAAGUGACGUCGGUCUUCACGUACCUCGAAAAACGAUUCGAUCGAACCGUCCGCACCGCGGCCAGCUUCGUGUACGCCCUGGCCUGCAUGAUCUACAUCCCGAUCGUGGUGUACGUGCCGGCGCUAGCCUUCAGCCAGGUCACCGGAAUCAACCUGCACCUGAUCACGCCGGUCAUCUGUGUGAUUUGCAUCUUUUACACCACCGUGGGCGGGUUGCGGGCCGUCGUGUGGACCGAUACGCUGCAGUUUGUGCUGAUGGUGGGCGCAACGCUGGCCAUCAUCUUCCUCGGUAUCGCCAGCGUUGGGGGGUUCUUCGAGGUGUGGGAGGCGGCCGAACGAGGCGGGCGGUUGGUGUUUUUCAACAUGGACCCCGACCCCUUCGUGCGCACCUCCUUCUGGACCGUUUCGCUUGGUCUGAGUACCAUGUGGGUGGCCAACUUGGGAGUCAGCCAGGGCUGCGUUCAACGGUUUCUUGCCGUACCCGACCUCAAGGUGGCCAAAAACUCGCUGAUUAUUUUCACCGGUGGGCUGAUCUUCAUCAAGAGCUGUUCCUGCUUCACGGGCCUUCUGAUGUACGCCAAGUACGAAUCGUGCGAUCCUUACACUAUCAAGAAGAUCGCCAAGUUGGACCAAAUCCUGCCGUACUAUGUGAUGGACGUGGGCGGAAGGAUUCCGGGACUGCCGGGGUUGUUUGUGUCGGGGAUAUUUUCGGCGGCUCUGUCGACGAUGUCGUCCAGCUUGAACACGCUGGCUGGGACGAUCUACGAGGACUUUAUUCGGCAUCGAUAUCCGCAUUCUUCGGAAAAGACCGCCAGUAAUGUUAUGAAGUUUUUGGUGGUACUACUUGGGGUGAUCGUCAUCGGACUGGUGUUUGUGGCCGAGCGAAUGGGACAGGUGAUGCACAUGGCCAUUUCGUUGUCCGGGGUCACUUCCGGAACGUUGCUGGGCAUGUUCACGUCGGGGAUGCUUUCAACCAUUAUCAACACCAAAGGAGUGAUCGCGGGUUCGAUCACGUCGCUGGUCGCCAUCGGAACAGUGUUGAUCGGAGCCCAACUGAACCCGAAACACCCUCCGAUGCCGUUCCGGACGGACGGAUGUGACGCGGAUCUACUGCGGAAUGUAACGCUGGUGGCUCCCGUGUCGGACACGAUUCGGGACAACGUUCCGCACAUCUUCAAGCUAAGCUUCAUGUACUACGCGCUGGCCGGAGUGAUCAUCUACUUUGUGGUGGCCUACGUCGUCAGUAUCAUGACCGGCGGUGGGGACAUCUCCGACCAACGACUUCUGGCACCGUUUUUGCGAGAUAAGAAGCAGUACGAGAAGGAGCAGGCCCUUCGGAUGCACAACAUUCAGUACGAAGAGUUGGAUCUUGCGCUGAAAGAACUGCAAAAGGCAACCGAUGGAAAGUAAUUCGCGUAAUAAUGUUUUCUAGUUGUGA